AUGGAAGCCAUCCGAUUGCUCCUAGCAUAUGCUGCUCACUGUGGUUUCAAGCUAUUCCAAAUGGACGUAAAGUGUGCUUUCCUCAAUGGCAUAAUAGAUAGAGAGGUUUAUGUGGCUCAACCAUCUGGGUUUGAAAACAAAACUUUUCCUAAUCAUGUUUUUAAACUAGCUAAAGCCUUGUAUGUUUAUGUUGAUGAUAUCAUAUUUGGUUCGGCUAAUGAGGAUUUGUGUGCAGAUUUUGCUAAGCUUAUGACCAAUGAAUUUGAUAUGAACAUGAUGGGAGAGCUCAAUUUCUUUCUAGGCUUGCAAAUCAAGAAAACUGCAGAAGGCAUAUUCAUCCAUCAAGAAAAAUAUGCAAAAGAACUUGUCAAGAAGUUUGGGCUGGACUGUGCUAAGCCAAUGGAAACCCCCAUGCAUCCUAAUAUCAAGCUUGAUAAGGAUGACCAGGGUAGAAAUAUUGAUGAGGCACGCUAUAGAGGGAUGAUUGGAUCUUUGAUGUAUCUAACCUUUUCAAGGCCUGAUAUAAUUCAAAGUGUUGGAGUUUGCUCACGGUUUCAAUCAAAGCCUAAGGAGUCCCAUCUCUCAGCUGUCAAAAGGAUCAUCCGAUAUGUGCUUGGUACCACUGACUAUGGUUUAUGGUUUCCUAAGAUUGAUUCAUUUCAAUUAGUGGGUUUUUGUGAUACAGAUUUUGCUGGGGAUAGGAUUGAUAGAAGAAGCACAAGUGGCAUGUGCUGCUUUCUGGGGAAAUCCCUCAUUGUUUGGUCUAGCAAGAAGCAAGCUACUGUGGCACUUUCAACAGCCGAAGCUGAGUAUAUUGCAGCCUCCUCUUGUUGUUCUCAAUUAUUAUGGCUGAAAACUCAACUAGCUGACUAUAAACUGAAUGUAUCUAAUAUUCCAUUAUUUUGUGAUAACAUGAGUGCUAUUAACAUUUCCAAAAACCCCGUUUUGCACUCUAGAACAAAGCACAUUGAAGUUCGUUUUCAUUCGAUAAGAGAACAUGUGCAAAAUGGAAAUUUAGAUAUUCAGUUUGUUAAUUCUGAAGGUCAUCUAGCUGAUAUAUUCACCAAACCAUUGAUAGAAGAGAGGUUCUGCAAGUUACGAACUGAACUGGGCAUUCUUGCUUCAUCCCUAUUUUCUUAA